AUGUCCGGCACGCCCUCAACAUCCAGCUCCGAGUCCUCCCUGCGGAUCUACGGCCCCCUCGUCCCCUUCGAAGACGAAACGCACAAAUCGAACCUCGACUUCGGCUACGCCCCGCAGAACCGCCGCCACGCCCGCCGCCCCUCCCGCGGCCUCGUCGGCCUCUGGAAAGACGUGACCCGCAAACUGCGCAAGCCCGAGCGCGCGAGCGUGCUCCCGCCCGGCUUCGAGCUCGUCGCCGAGCAGCGCCGCCGCUCGAAGAUGCUCCAGCAGAUCGCGGAGCGCAACCCGCGGCUCGUCGCGCUCCCCCAUUCCAACUCCACUCCGAGUCGCAGUCCGAGUCUGUCGACGUCGAGUUCGCGCUCGGAUAUGUCGGCGGAGGGAGGAGGGUACGCGCCGCAUCCUUAUUCGGCGGAGUAUCCGGAUGUCGUGACGAGCCCUGUGAGGCCGUUCUUUUUGGAGGGGCAUCAGCGGAGCGCGAGUUAUCCUGUUCCUGUGCUGUUGAGGACGCCGAGGAAGACGUCCGGCGCGGGAUCGACGUCGGGGUAUUCGAGUCCGCCGCGGAGUGCGAGUUUGUAUAGGAGCGAGUGGUAUGAGUGA